AUGGCUGUCAAGAGCCUCCUCGCGUUUCUGGCCCUGGCCACGACGGCCCAUUCCAAGUGGAUCGUCCCCGGUGCCCGCUGGUACGACACUGAGGGUAACAUCUUCAAUGCUCACGCCGGCGGUCUGGCCAUUGAUCGUGACACCGGGAGGUUCUUCUGGUUCGGAGAGCACAAGACCAAGGAGGACCCCGAGGGCGGUGGUGUCUCCGUGUACAGCUCCGACGAUCUUGCAACCUGGACGUCCCAUGGCCUUGCCUUGACCCCCGAGGACGGUCACGAGUUCAUAUCCCCAGAGAGCAUCAUCCAACGACCCAAGGUCCAGUACAGCGAUGUCGACCAAAAGUACCACAUGUGGUGGCACGCCGACGACAGCAAGUACAGCCUCCUCCUGCAGGGUCACGCUACCUCGGACAACAUCUCCGGGCCGUACGUGUUCGACAAGGCCGUCGCACCUCUGGGCAACUGGUCACAGGACUUUGGGCUCUUUACCGACUACAAGGAUGGCCGGUCAUAUGCCCUCUACUCCAACGGGGACUCGGUCCAGGGCCGCGACAACUACCUCACCAGGUUCAACGAGGCGCUCACCGACCUCGAGGACGUCGUCUACACCUGGCCCAAGUUCGACCUCGAGGCCCCGACCAUCAUCCAGACUGAGAGGAGCUACUAUGCCCUCAUGAGCCACAAGACCGGUUACCGGCCCAACAAUGUCGUCGCUUUCCGAGCUGACAGCUUGGAGGGCCCGUGGUCGCAGCCGUUCUUCGUCUCUCCCGCCUACACUCGAACUUUCUCGACCCAAUCGGGCUUCUCAUGGCGGAUCAACGGCACUAAACAGACAACCUAUCUCUACAUGGCGGAUCAAUGGGACGGAAACUCGAUUUGGGAAAGCCGCAAUGUGUGGUUGCCAAUGGACAUCGACGACGACAAAGGCAAACUUGAAGUCAAGUGGCACGACAUCUAUGACCUUGACGUCAAAACCGGCGAGUGGGAACCUGUCGAGGGCAAAGAGUACCCAGCUGCAGAGGCCAAGACGAUUGGCGGUGCGUACUUGCAAGAAGCUAACUUUGCAACCUUGAGCAAAAUCGCAACAGGGAUUUAUGGAAAUGACAGUAAGAUCACCUUCGAGGUUGACGGCCAAGGAGAUGACCAAUGGGUCUCGUUCUACCAUCAAAGUAAGCAACUUCUCCUCAUCAUCUCAGAACGGCCAACUCACAGGACAUGUCCAGAUAUCGACGACAUGGGUUUCGGAGAUCAGCCCAUGGGAGCGCCCGACCGCAUCAACGGCACAUGGCAGCUCCGCCGGGUCAGCAGCGUCGUUGUCAACGACAACGAAGACCAAGUACACACGCUGUAUCAAAAGGACACGCACAAGGGAAUCAUCCUUUCCACCGCCCUCAAGCUUCCCCUGAACAAAGGCAAGAACACAAUCACCGUCGGCGGACUCAGCAACGGGGUGAACAUCAAGGGUGCCGACCUCGAUAAGAUUGUCGUCUACCCCCCUGAGCCGCGACAGCCACCAAAGUGCUAG